AUGAGAGAAGAUAUUAUACAAUGUGAAGAGAUUGUCAAAGAAGAGGAAGUACUGCAGUGUGGACUCAAGCCCGCUAUCGAAGUAUGUUUCACAUCCGUUCUGGAAUUGGAUCGUACAAGAUCUAUCCCAAAUUGGGUUUGGUUGUUAUGCUCGAUUUGUACUUUUUUGGGACAUACGUUAGAUGGUACCGAUGGUAAGCAGGCACGUCGCAUGGGAGUAUCUGGGCCAACUGGUGAACUUUUUGAUCAUGGUUUGGAUUCAUGGUCCACAGUUCCACUAACACUGACUAUUUUUUCCAUUUUUGGUCAAGGCGAAUUUAGUUUGUCACCGGUUCGACUUCUUCUGGUUUUGAUCAGCGUUCAAGCGGUGUUCAUUGUUUCACAUUGGGAAAAAUAUAAUACUGGAAUUUUAUUUCUCCCGUGGAAUUAUGAUUUAAGUCAAUAUGACAAUUUUUACGAAAUGUGCUUACCUCUCUAUCCAUCUUUAAUUUUGUUUUCAAUUUCGAUACUUUGGGCCUUGUAUUCUCCUGGAAAAAUUAUUGAGCGUGAUCCUCGUCUUUAUUUGUAUACUAUGGGAACUGUUUUUUCGAAUAUUGCGUGCAAAUUGAUUAUCGCGCAGAUGUGUAAUACUCGUGCAGAAUUAUUUAAUUUAUGCUUAGCAGUAUAUUCCAUCGUUGCCAUAACAUCUUUAUCGGGUUUUUUAUCAGCUUAUCAGGAAUUGAUUUUUUUACGACUUGCUGUCGCUGUCAUAAUCUCUGCUCACUUACAUUUUGGAAUUUGUGUGGUGCGUCAACUAUGUGAACAUUUUAAAAUCAGUGCAUUCUCACUGCAUUAUUUACAACAUUCAUCAAAACAUUACAAUGAAUGA